AUGUCAGCUGCCGUUGCUGCUGCUUCAGCAGCCGCCAACCGUCGCAACUCCGCCACCACCACAGCGAAAAAGACCAACUACACUACUCCCAACAAUUAUUACCUAUCGCUCUCAGCAUCACCACCGUGCAACAACCGCUACGAGAUUUAUAAAUGCCAGGACUGGAACAAAUUCCUACACUACUUGAAGAAUUACAGCCAAGGCCGCGGCCAGCCUCCUUUGUCUGUGCGUCGGUGCAGCGGGUCCCAUGUGCUUGGAUUUCUCAAGUACCUGGACCAGUUCGGUGGAACCAAAGUUCAUAAGAUGAGUUGUGAGUAUUAUGGACAAGCUUAUUCCUCGGUCGCAUGUUCUUGUCCGCUCAAGGAGGCGUGGAGCAGCCUCCAAGGCGUUGUCGGACGCCUUCGUGUCGCCUUUGAGGAGUACGGUGGCUCACGCGAGACCAACCCGUUUGGUUCACCGCUUGUGUGGUUGUAUUUAGAGGAGGUUAAAGUUGCUCAAGCUAAAGCUCGAGGAUGCCGAAACGAAGAAAACAUUUAUGGCUACUUAACACAAAUGAAUUAUCGUAAAAUCAAAAUCUCGAUUUGA